AUGCUUCAUGAAAUCCUCUUGUCGUUAUCCGGAGUCCAGUCGCCUAUCUGGGCUCAAGGUCAUGCGCCGGGAGACUUAGAUGCAAAGACCUUCAACCAAUAUGUAUCGCUACCAGAGCGGGCAAUGUUAGAGAGCCUUGCCCACCUCCAAGAGUUGCAUGUUCAAGUGAAAGAUGCUACGGCACGAUUUGCGAAGACACACGAGUCCAUGGUCUGCCGAGCUGUCAGCGCUUCGAUAGAAGAUGUCCACCUGGGCAACUUUAUGGACAAGGUCAUUCAAGUCGAGACCUCAGUACUCAAGAAAGAUGCCGCCUACGUCGGUGCCUACGGCAUUGUCCCCUUGAGCACGAUUACUUCCGACUUCGCCCCAUGGACAAGAAGGCUAGAGUGGUUGAUGGCUGUAGUGGGACGACUGAAUGCGAGCUCCCAGCAAAGGAGGACUACCGCACCGGACAUUCUGGAUUUCCUGGAGAAAGAGACCCAUACGGGCUACUCGGAUAUCGAAGAAAUGGCCGUUGCUCUCUUGACUGUGGCGCAACGAGCUUGGAUGCGCAUUGCUUCGCUCUGGAUACUAUAUGGAAAACUUUCCAGAUCCGGUCCGCACGAUUUUUGUGUCAAGGAGAAUCCGCUGGCCUCAUCAACAAUAGACACAUUCUUGCUCGAUCAGUCGUUGGUCCCUAGAUUGGUCAACUCCACAGCAGCGCAGGCUUUAUAUUCGACGGGCACUGCACUAAAUCAGCUUCGGUCACAUGGGAAGCCUGCCACCUCUUCCUUGAAGACCUCUUCUGAUCCAGCCAUGGCACUUCUACCUCGCCAUCUGAAGCUUCUGGAGAGCCUCGAGUACCCUCUUAAUCCGCCCUUACUGGAGAACGUCUUGCUAUCCAUCAACGGCUCUCUUUCUGAAAAUGCACUGUCCCAAGUCCUUCCUCGCGCCUUGGUCAUGCGACUACUUCAGGUGAUUUUGCGCUACGUCCUUCUUGACCAUGGAGAGUUCGCGGUCUCCUUGGUGGGGCACGCCGACGACCGUGUGAUGAAGCGCCAGCACACACAGAUUACUGCGCAGCCGGUUCGAAAAAUUGGCAAAUUGGACGAUCUAGCAAUCAAAGAUGCUGAGAUCAACAGCAUUUUGAGUAAAACGAUGGCAGAGUUGGCUGCAUUGGGGGUGGAUGACGAUGUUGAAGAAGAUGUCUCCCUUUUCGCAAAGCAGAUCUUAUCCCUCAGGACAGUGGAUGUCGAAAAUGAUUCUCACAUGCUCUCAACACUAUUACCUACAACAACAUUCCUCUAUAUCACACUCCAGCCAUCCUCACCAUUACAUAUCUUCUUGUCUCCUCAGGACACUGAAGUCUACGCCCUGCUGAACGCAUACCUCCUUUCCAUCUACAGAGCAGGUCUUCAUCUGUCCGGACUCUGGAAGUUGAGCGGGCACCGUAGGUCAUAUCCAACGCCACUAGGACCACCAAGAAGUACUUCGCAAGCGAGACAGGCAAGCUUUGCGGCACGACGGUUGCGAGAUACUCAAAGGAUGAAAAGAACCCGGCGUCAUUGGACAGUCGCAAGCAAAGCUCUAUUUCUGGUCAACGAGGUUGAGGCAUACCUGCAGGGCGAGGUGAUCCAAGGCAGUUGGGUUCAACUUCGUAGGUGGCUUGAAGGAGAAGACCGAAUUGUCAGUCCAAAGACCUCGCGACCUACCACAUCAUCUUCCGCCGGCCAAUCAAGGACAACGAAAUUCUUUGACGGGCCUUCUGGGUUUGGAAUGUCCGACAUCGACGUUCGGCCAAGCGAUCCUCGUCUGUUGGCGGAAGCUCACGGAAUAUUUCUGCAAGCUCUGCAAUCCGGGUUGUUCUUCUCGAAUGGGUCCUUUGUUCAGGUCAUGAAAACGCUCGUCACCCAGUGUGAUCACUUUGUUGCACUCUUCUCUCGGCUACAGGCUGUUUGGGAAGGACUGGACCUGCAGGAAGACGAUGGCGUCGUCGACGCCUUCUCGAAUUAUGCCAAGGAUGAACGAGAAGUGCUUUCGGAGAUGGACCGUACAAGCGAUUCGAUAGACGCGAUAGUCACCGAGCUUGUGAACAAAAUUCGGGACCUUGCAGCAGAUAUGCGCACCGGUAUUGGAGCGGACAAUUUUGGGCAAAAUCCGGCUGGAGCUCGCUGGAACGUAGCGAGGUUCACGCCCUGGCAGGCUAGGACGGUGGAUAGACUGGUUAUGAAACUUGAUAGUCUGGCAGAAAGGCCACACGAUGAAAGAGACGGGCUCGACGACGCUGAGCAGUAUGAUGAUGAUUGA